CGUACGUCAGUAGUGAUCGCAAAGGAACAAAAAAAAAUUGUUUUGAUCCCAACUUUUACGUUUGGGGGACCUUGAAAUUUGCAUGUUUAGCUAGAUUGUAUGUACAAUUUUUGGGAUCCUUAGGAUUUGCCCUAGGAAAAAUGCCGCAACCUACAACAAGAUCUGUGCAAUUUUCAUAUAUCUUGGACUUUGUCCACGACAUAUAGAUAAGAAGAUUACUGAAUCAUCAUGUAUACAAUCAUGUUAUCAUCUCACUUGUUCACGAGAGGUCAAACAAAUUAAUCAUAUCAGUGUGUCUGAAUACAGACCAGUGCUUACCCAGGCAGCACUGUUUAUUUUCGGUUCACUGAACGCAACAUCACCGGAAAACACCGUGAAAAUCAGGGAAAUACCUGAAAUAUGAAGGCCAUAAUUUUGUGGAUUGCUAUCAUAACUUGUGGCGUUAGAGCUGAUCAAUAUUAUUAUACUAAAAAAUAUAUUGAUGUUCCUUUGGAUCAUUACAGCUACACUUCAAAUUUGACAUUUAAGCUUAAAUAUCUGGUCAAUGAUACAUAUCAUACAGAUAGAGGACCAAUUUUCUUCUACACAGGAAAUGAAGGGCCUAUUGACACAUUUGCACAAAAUUCAGGAUUCAUCAAUGACAUUAGCCCUGACUUCAAUGCCCUUAUAGUUUUUGCUGAACACAGAUACUAUGGUGAAUCUUUACCAUUUGGCAACAAAUCCUUUUCAUCUCCGCAGUACCUGGGGUACUUAUCUUCCGAGCAAGCUCUGGCUGACUUCGUAUAUCUGAUAAAUGAGCUUCAAAAAACCUAUUCACCUAGUGGUACCAAAGGAAAAUUGCCAGUUAUCGCAUUCGGAGGCUCCUAUGGGGGCAUGCUCUCAGCCUGGUUGAGAAUGAAGUACCCUGCGUCAAUAGUAGGGGCUAUCGCGUCUUCAGCUCCAAUAUGGCAGUUUCAAGAUUUGGUUCCUUGUGAUAAUUUUUACAGAAUCACUACGACCGUUUAUAACGUUGUUGGAGGAAGCACUUGUGUUGACAAUAUUGCCAGGUCUUGGAAAGACAUCAAGAGACUAGCAAGAAACGACACUGGAAAGGCGAACAUCACAAAAAUCUUGUCUCUAUGCAAACCUUUGAAGACAGAUGGCGAUAUCACUGAUUUGAUCAGCUAUUUGUCAGAAAUAUACAUCAACCUAGCAAUGGUGAACUACCCUUAUCCCACGAACUUUCUAGCACCUUUGCCAGCUCACCCUAUAAGAGAAUUCUGUAGUAGACUCAACAAGCCUUACAAAAAUGAUGUUGAAAUGUUGAGUAUGAUAGGAUCGGCCAUCGGAGUUUACACCAACUUCACGGGAACGACUAAAUGUAAUGAUAUUGGGGACCCUGAUGGCCCAAUUGAUGCUGAUGGAUGGAACUUCCAAAGUUGUACUGAGAUGAUAAUGCCAAUGUGCUCAAAAGACAACGAUAUGUUUGAGAACUAUUCGUGGGAUUUUAAGACAUAUUCAGAUACCUGUUUUAAGAACUACCAGGUCAGGCCAAGGAGUGAAGAAAUACCAAUUUUGAAGUACGGCGGUAAAGAUAUAAAGUCGGCCUCUAACAUCGUGUUCAGCAAUGGUUUGAUGGAUCCAUGGUCUGGUGGAGGUGUCCUUAGCAAUGUUUCCUCAACAGUUGUGGUGAUUAUCAUACCAGAUGGGGCCCACCAUAUUGAUCUGAGAGGACACAACAAUCUAGACCCAGACACAGUCAAGAUAGCCAGACAGUUCCAUGUCAGACAUAUACAGAAAUGGCUGUAUGCUUACAAGUUAGAUAAUUCGAUGAAUCGGCCUACAGUGUGGAGCGUUUAAUUAUUUUUGUAUGAAAAUAAAUAUUUAACCAAAAGGGAUUCUUUAA